AUGGUGCCGAUGCCGCGUGGGUCGGCGGUGGCGGAUGAUGCAGGCAUCGGGCAGCAGGGCAUCGAGCACGGAGUUGGCAGCGACACGCAGGCGAACGAUGGCGACAACCCCGCGUUGCAGCCGCGCGAGAUCGAUGGUGACAGCCCCGCGCUGCAGUCGCGCGAGAGCGAGGGGCGGCAGUGUGACGUCGCCUCGGCGAUCGCGCUCGAGGAUCCGAUCGAUGGCGAUGGCGGAAACGGCCAGGAAACGCGCACCAUCGCAGGCGACACGUCGUUCCUGGACAUGUUGGACGUCAUGGGCUCGCUCCAGAUGGGCCUCAUGCGCGCAGAGAUGUUCAUGCGGGCGGAGGGCUGUCAUGACCCAGCCCACGAGAGCAAGCCGUUGUACGACCAGCUCCUCCACUUCAAAGCUCUUGUGGGCGAUGCCGUGUCAGGCCUGUCCCGUCUGAACAAUACGCUGAAUCUAGGCGCGGACCUGCUCAAUGAAUUCCGAGUGAGGUUCAGGAUCAUCCAAGGCAGCGGUGUGCGCCAUGAGGAUGGAUUCUAUGUGUGAUUGUAUGGUGCGCCCACCGCGCCCUGCUCCGCUUACAUGCGGUGUUUAAUGUUUAAUGGCGGUGGCCCACCGCGCCUCGGCCCUCUUCCCAGCCCC